AUAGUUCAUCCGGUCACACUUUCGCCGGGUGAACAGCUGGGACCAGAGUGGGACCAUUGCCAGAAAAUCGUUUGUAUUUACGAGAGGCCCUCAUCCACCCGGUAUCCGCUGAAUCUUGUCAAGAUGCGCCUCUGCCCCCUGGUCGUCCUGCUGGGCUGCCUCCAGGCGCUCCUGGCCUGCAACCAUUGGGUGCUGCGCGAGGAGCAGAUCGUCCCAAAGCUGGACUCACCGUUUCACAUGCGAGAGCCGCAGAAUCUGGCGGCAUUUAUGGAGCAGAUCAAGUACAGCGAGUAUGUGGAGCGCUCCUACCUGGACCUGCUGCGCAAGCGGGAGCAGAUUGUCGAGCACUUGCGCUUCUCCAUGCGCUUCGGCGAGGAUCUGGCUGAGCAGGCCAAGUGCGCCAUGGACUACUACAUGCUGGAGAAGCGGAUGUCCUACUUGAAGAUCACCCCCGAGCAGCUUAAGAGGAUCAACCUGCCGGAGCAGAGGGAGCUGCACCAUCCACAGGGCGGCUCCGGCGGCAUGGAGCCGAUCUGCAGCGAUUACCACAAGCUUGCUGUGGGUCCGGCCACCUACGACCAUCUGGAGAGCUUCCGGCCGGAGAUCCUGGCCACGGCCUACUUGGAUCAAGAGCACGACCCCAACGUGGGCACUGCCACGGUGGAGCUGACCCGAAGAUUCGCCGUGGAUGGCUUACGGCAUCAUCCCUCGUCCUGGAAAUUCCACACCCUGAGCUCCUACUACUGGCGGAUGAAGGGCGAGGCCAAGGAGGCCCUGCCGUGCGCACGACUGGCCGUCCUGCUGGCGCCGCCCAUCUUCAAGGACAUUCCGCUGCUCAGCCUGGGCACCAUACUGUUCCGGAUGGGCCGCCUGGCCGAUGCGGACACCAUACUGACCGCCGCCGUGGAGCACGCCCCUCAGGUGGCGGAGAAUCACGUGGUGCUGGCCUCGGCCCUGGCCAUGAAGCAUGACUUCAAUCGCUCCCUGCAGCACUUCGACGAGGCGGAGCGCAUCGAUCCCAGCACCUUGCCGCGCACCCAGCAGGUGCGGAACUUCAUCUCCUGCCUGGAGAACCUCACCAAGAAGACCUCCAAGAUGUACAGCUACGUGAAGUACAUGAAGAACGAGGUGAAGGAGUUCAAGAAGCUGAAGCAGCACAUCUCGCAGUCGCACGAGCGCCUCAUCCAGCAGCAGCUGCCGUUGGGAGCGCGUCGCUUGCUGGGCUUGGAUCCCCAGUCGGGCAACGAUGACCUGCACCGGCGGGGUCAGUACUGCAGCACCCGGACGCCCAACGGUUCCGACGAGCCGGUGCUCUUCUGUGACUUCUAUUCGGACAUGCAGAUGCGGCUGGAGAGCAAGGACGUCGACAUCGAUGUACUGGAGCGGGAUCUGAAGGCAAACACGGACGCAGUGAUCCGUCAGGUGUCCACCGAGAUUCGGAAGCAGUUCAAUCUGGAGCAGCUGAAGGCCGCCAAGGCCCAGAUGCCGGCCAAGGCCACCAAGGCGACGUAGUGGGUCGCCGCAACUAGUCAGCAAUAUGCAUAUAUCUCCGGCUGGACAGGCACAUUCCGAAACCAAAUCGGGUUACCAACUAACUAGCUUUUACUCCCAAUAUGAUUAGUCUCUCCGUUUUUUUUUUUUUCAGUGUGUGUGAGAUGAGUGUGUAUAUAUGGAUGCGCAAUACUGGAUGGGUUUUCAGGUAUAGAUUAAUCCGACUAGUCGCCGUAGGAAGAGAUUCUAUGUCCUUCCCCAGGACCUUAGUGUUUAGUUCUUAAGCCAGACCUUGACUAUGUUUUUAAGAGACUCUUGUCCGUGUUUUAGUUUUAAAAUGUUCGUGGAAAUGAUUUCUAGUUCGGAGCACUAGCUUUAACUCCCCUGACUCCUUGGAGGUCCUCUCUAUGAAUAGGACUAUCCACUAACUAUAACUAUAAUGAUAUAUUAAAGAACUAAAGAUAUGCUAUACCUUAAUAAAUAUCAUAUAAUUACUAAUGGAA